UGGAUAUGUUUGUCCUAUAGAGUUGCCGUAUGAUCUGACGUCAUAUUCAAGCGACAAGUAACAAUGGGUCAAAGUCAGAGUGGAGGCCACGGGCCAGGAGGAGGCAAGAAGGAUGAUAAGGAUAAGAAAAAGAAGUACGAGCCUCCCAUUCCCACCAGAGUUGGCAAGAAAAAGAAGAAGACUAAAGGACCUGAUGCGGCCAGCAAACUGCCGCUGGUGACGCCUCACACUCAGUGCCGCCUGAAGCUGCUGAAGCAAGAGCGGAUCAAAGACUACCUGCUGAUGGAGGAGGAAUUCAUCAGGAAUCAGGAGCAAAUGAAGCCCCUAGAGGAAAAACAGGAGGAGGAGAGGUCAAAAGUGGACGACCUGCGGGGAACCCCCAUGUCAGUGGGUACCUUGGAGGAAAUCAUAGACGACAACCAUGCCAUCGUUUCCACCUCAGUGGGAUCGGAGCAUUAUGUCAGCAUCCUGUCCUUCGUGGAUAAAGAUCUGCUGGAGCCUGGCUGCUCCGUCCUGCUUAACCACAAGGUUCAUGCUGUGAUCGGGGUACUGAUGGAUGAUACUGACCCCUUGGUGACAGUGAUGAAGGUAGAAAAGGCCCCCCAAGAAACCUAUGCUGAUAUAGGAGGUCUGGACAAUCAGAUUCAGGAGAUUAAGGAGUCAGUGGAGCUGCCCCUCACACAUCCAGAGUAUUAUGAAGAGAUGGGCAUUAAGCCACCAAAGGGUGUCAUCUUAUACGGCCCACCUGGUACAGGUAAGACGCUGCUUGCCAAGGCCGUGGCCAAUCAGACCUCGGCCACCUUCCUGCGGGUGGUGGGCUCCGAGCUGAUCCAGAAGUACCUCGGAGACGGGCCCAAGCUGGUGCGAGAGCUCUUCAGGGUGGCGGAGGAGCACGCCCCCUCCAUCGUCUUCAUCGACGAGAUCGACGCCAUCGGAACCAAGAGGUACGACUCCAACUCGGGCGGCGAGCGGGAGAUCCAGAGGACCAUGCUGGAGCUGCUCAACCAGCUGGACGGCUUCGACUCCCGGGGAGACGUGAAAGUGAUCAUGGCCACCAAUCGGAUAGAGACGCUGGACCCGGCCCUCAUCAGACCCGGGAGAAUCGACAGGAAGAUUGAGUUUCCCCUGCCGGAUGAGAAAACCAAACGGAGGAUCUUCCAGAUCCACACCAGCCGCAUGACGGUGGCAGACGACGUCACCCUCGACGACCUCAUUUUGGCUAAAGACGACUUAUCGGGAGCAGAUAUUAAGGCCAUCUGCACAGAGGCAGGCCUCAUGGCUCUGAGAGAGCGCCGCAUGAAAGUCACCAACGAAGACUUCAAGAAGUCCAAGGAGAACGUCCUGUACAAGAAGCAGGAGGGCACACCGGAGGGGCUUUACCUCUAACCCUUCAAACACCUCCACCCGUUCCUCAUCCAUCAAAGGCGUGAAAGAGACGAGGCGGCAGCCCAGCCGUCUCAACAAAGAGAGUUUUGAUAUAUUUUGUGCAUGUCAAGCCCGGUCUUUCCCUUCUCUCCCAUGUUAUCGUUAUGUGUUAAGACAGUGAAUAAAAAAAGAAAAAAGAAAAGUCCGCCACAUCUACCUCAUC